GUCAUCUGAUGCAGCACUACAUCACUCUCCUUGGUCAAAUAGCCCUUACACAGCCUGUGUGUACAGUGUGUUGGGUCAUUGUCCUGUUGAAAAACAAAUGAUAGUCCCAAUAAGCGCAAACUAGGUGGGAUGGUGUAUUGCUGCAUAAUUCUGUGGUAGCCAUGCUGGUUAAGUGUGCCUUGAAUUCUAAAUAAAUCACAGAAAAUGUCACCAGCAAAGCACCAUCACACCUCUUCCAUGCUUCAUGGUAGCAACCACACAUGCUUAGAUCAUCCGUUCAGCUAGGUUGGAACCAAAAAUCUCAAAUUUGGACUCAUCAGACCAAAGGACAGAUUUCCACAGGUCUAAUGUUCAUUGCUCGUGUUUCUUGGCCUAAGCAAGUCUCUUCUUAUUGGUGUCCUUUAGUAGUGGUUUCUUUGCAGCAAUUCAACCAUGAAGGCCUGAUUCACGCAGUAUCUUCUGAACAGUUGCUGUUUGUCUGUUACUUGAACUCUCUGAAGUAUUUAUUUGGGCUCUCAUUGGAGGUGCAGUUAACUCUAAUGAACGUAUCCUCUGCAGCAGAGGUAACUCUGGGUCUUUCUUGUGGCGGUCCUCAUGAGAGCCAGUUUCAUCAUAGCGCUUGAUGGUUUUUGCGACUGCCCUCGGAGAAAUGUUCAAAGUUCUUGACAUUUUCUGGAUUGACUGACAUUCAUGUCUUAAAGUAAUGAUGGACUGUUGUUUCUCUUUGCUUAUUUGAGCUGUUCUUGCCAUAAUAUGGACUUGGACUUUUACCAAAUUGGGCUAUCUUCUGUAUACCACCCCUACCUUGUCACAACACAACUGAUUGGCUCCAACGCAGGAAGGAAAUUCCAUAAAGGAAUAUUUAACAAGGCACAGAUUGUUAAUUGAAAUUCAUGAUGGCAAAGGGUGACUGCUUUGAAGAAUCUCAAAUAUAAAAUUAAUUUUGAUUUAACUUUUUUUGGUUACUACAUUAUUUCAUAGUUUUGAUGUCUUCACUAUUAUUCUACAAAGUAGAAAAUAGUAAGAAAUAAAUAUAGACCCCUAAAUGAGUAGGUGUCCAAACUUUUGACUGGUACUGUAAGUUACAUGAUUCAAGUCCAGGGCAAAGAAAGCAUGUUCGCUUAGUACAGACUACACUGCACACGGGUUACUGAAUAUCUUGAAGAAAAAUGGAUACUGAGAAGGAGGGUUUAGAGGCACAGCCCCCUACUGGGCUGAGGGUUUAGAGGCACAGCCCCCUACUGGGCUGAGGGUUUAGAGGCACAGCCCCCUACUGGGCUAACGGAGGGUUUAGAGGCACAGCCCCCUACUGGGCUAACGGAGGGUUUAGAGGCACAGCCCCCUACUGGGCUAACGGAGGGUUUAGAGGCACAGCCCCCUACUGGGCUAACGGAGGGUUUAGAGGCACAGCCCCCUACUGGGCUAACGGAGGGUUUAGAGGCACAGCCCCCUACUGGGUUAACGGAGGGUUUAGAGGCACAGCCCCCUACUGGGCUGAGGGUUUAGAGGCACAGCCCCCUACUGGGUUAAGUAUCCAUUUUUCCAUCUUCCCAAAAAGUGUGUGUGUGAGUUAAUCAAAAUGACUGGUAAUGACUUGUGCUUGCCAACGUUUCUACCUGGUUCCGUGUUUGGAGCAUGACAUGUAUCUUCCAAGCAGAAGGCCGGUGAUGAUAUCAGGAAAUGAUUACAUGUGCUGUAGCUAUAGAUCUUAACCUGUUUGAAUGCCUUGUGCUUGAAGCCAAAAAUGUGUCUGAUCUGGGGAGAUGCGUGUCAUGCGGAGCACCGUCCAAAUAUUGCAAAAUAUGUUGCGGAGUGUGAGCAAGUUGUUUAUGUGUGCGUGUUUCUCAUUCAUCAGUUGCCCAGCUGUACUGGAUGGGAUCGAUGGCCUAAAAAGCAACCUGCGUGUUGCAUUGAGACACGUACAGUGUUUUCAUAGGAAUACCUGUUGCUUCCUUGUAGAUUAGCACGUGGUUGUCAUGACCUGUCCUCUAAAGGACAUCAGGAGUUCUGAAGAUUUUCCUUUGGGCAUCGGCCAGAAAGGCACAUUUUGUCAUAUGCCGAAACACACACACACACACACACACACACACGCAUAAUGCGCACACACCUACGCAUUCACUAAUACACACAUGCACUAAAAGCCUAAAAUGAGGUAUCUAUGUCCCAUUACCACUUAGUGUUUGUCAAAGGUAACGAUCCCAACUCCAGACUUUCUCGUCAGGUAAUGUGACCACCUGCUUACCUUACAUCAACAUCCAUAUCUAUUUACGAUAUCUGAGAAGGGUUUCUUACUGACCUCUAGUGUUAGUGCUUCAUACAUUCCAUUUCUACAUGCCAUGAUUUGAAUCACAUUUAGAUACUAUGGGAAGAUUUUUUUGGGGAAUGUGUAAGAAUCUAUUUGACAUAUUUAUUGUUCUGUGUAAUUUUACCCACAAAUGUUAUAUUUUUAUUACCUUUUUUUUUUAUUGUGCAAUUUCAGUAUGCCUGUUACUUCAGACAAGAUGUGUGCCCCUGUGCCAACCCAUAUCAUCGGUCACACACACCUGCAGGUAUACCCUACCUUACACCUCUACCAUAUCCUGUUCCCUCCACCGUUCUGGUCGCAGGUCAGAUUACAGAGCACUGGUUAGAGGUCAGUUAAGCCAUAUCUAGGCUUUGAAUGGAGCUUCUGGUAUUUCUGGCACAGAGGGGUAUGUCUUGUCCUAUAAAAAAUGCCAUAACUAUCAAAUAUUUGAUAAUGAUGGCAGUAGUUCCUAAGUUCAGUAGCUUUAGUUCAGAUGGACUUCAUUCCAGCUCCUUAGUGGUUGGAGAUACUGUAACAUCUACAUGCUGGCUGUACAUGAUACUGAGCAUAUGCAACCUGGUGUCCCCUCCCCUCCAUGCCAAAUGUGAUUUACCAUACUUUCAUAUGGGAGAAAUGUAUAUAUUUUUCUUGACUUCAAGGGUCUGGAGUUUCCAGAGGGUUGUGUACACCAGAUGGCUAUAUUACGGAGAACUCUUUGUAACGUUUCCUUUUGAACACUAAAGCUAUCGGGGCUGAGUAUGGGCUGUGCUCAGACUAGCGUGGAGACACCGCUGGACUCUCACCUGCCUGGGCUGUGUCCUAGGUCGGGGUAGGAGGAGGACUUACUAUAUGAGGGGGGGUGGCAUUACAGAUGCUGUUUUCAAAAGAUUACAAAAUGUAUUGGUUUCUCGUGUUUUGCCUGACCAAAAAAAAAAUAAGAAUGAUUGAUUGUAUUUUUAAUGCAACCCUUUUUCCAGCCAUUUUUGUAAGAAUAAUCGAAACGUCCCCCCCCAAAAAAGCACGAGCGGCUGGAUGAAUGUGGAGAAUGGCCCUGUCCCACGGGUGACCGCUGGGGUGGGGUGCCGGGCACAAAAUGGGAACCUCACCCCGGCGCCAGGACCACCCCACGUCUGGCCCCUCGGGCUCCAGCCUCGGCACUCUGAACCUCCGACCUGAAUGUAGCACUUUAAGACCAGUUUGUUCAACACAGUUUUUCUGUAAUAAAUCACAAUAUUAUGAAUGUCUUGUUUUUAUUUCUGAAUUUGUGGUAUGCUUGAGUGAACUUGUGUGUAUCAGCAAGCGUACUUGGCUUAUGCUUAGCAUGGUCUGUUAGUGUGGGCUUUGCAGGACUGCACGUGUGUGUGUGUGUGCACCACAGGAGGCUGCUGAUAGGAGGACGGCUCAUUGAAAUUGCUGGGAUGGAGUGAAUGAAAUGCUAUUAAACUCAGGGAAACCAUGUGUUUUGAUGUAUUUGGUACCAUUUAUUCUGUUCCAGCAAUUACAAUGAGCCCAUCCUCCCCAAUUAAGGCCCCACCAGCCGCCUGUGGACUGUGUGUAUGCCUGGCCACACCAAGCAGAUGCUCUGGGGUAAUGAGGUGGCUGAGAGGCUUAACUGGAUCAACGGGGCUGCUGAACGCUAGCACUCCACAGCAGAGUUCAGACGUACUGCUGGCCGAGUAGCCCUGUAGCACGCCACUCAACCUGCGACCACAGCACCACCCGACACUGUAUUAAUGUAUGUUUAUAUCCUUCUGUUACUCUACUCCUUCUGUGGAUUCAUGUGUCUGAGUCCUGGUCGUUUGAGGGGAGACGUAGGCAGAGUAACUGGGGGAGUGGAGAUGAGUGAAGCUGUGUCUAUUUUGUACAAUGACACCCGUUCAUGUUCCUGUGCCUUCGUUUGAAUGUGUCUGUUGUGUGUUAAUGUGUGUGCACUUGCAUGGGCAGAACAAUUUGUUGGCUUAGACAAGAACGGGAGAAUAAUGUGCCGUUUACAAUGGCUCUAUUGACACUUCAAUGUGUAGCACACGGUUCUGUGUGUGUGUCCCAGAAUAUUGAGUAGGAGGAAGCAGUAACACUCGUGUCAGAUAGCCCAGCAGUGCUGUAUGCGGUAGGUCAGCCAGGCAGCGCUGUGUGGAAUCGGCCCACAAUCUGCUACAGGAAUAGAGUGACCACUAAGACGGAGGAAAGCGGAAAGAAGGAGGAGUCUUACAAGUUGGGAGGGAGUUGGCAGUGUGUCAGGAUGGGAGCACUGUGCCUCAGCAGCGGCAGAGCUGACGCACUAAAAUCCAGACUGAGGGCAAGAGGGGGAUAAAGGGAGGGCACAGAGGAAAAAGAGAGGAAGAGACGCCAGUGGCCAGAUGGAGGGUGCCGUGUUUGUUUUGAAGUGUCAGACUGGUGUUCAUUAAGGGUUAGUGGCUGUAGCUUAGAACAAGAUAGUCCCUCACUGGACUCUGAAUAUUAGUCAGGGAAAAGUGCAUCGUUGUAUCAGGACUGUCUUGGCCACAGCAGCUGGAAAACCUACCAUUGAUUUUCUCUGUGGACUGCACACUUCCUCUGCUGUACUGGGUUCUUCUGUGCAUGCGGCUCAAGGUGACUCAGGAUCCGGAUCCAGCCCCUGGGAGCCUCCUGACUGGGUCCCUGGAUCUACAGGGAAAAGUGGGCUGAAGCUUCCUCUCUACCCCCCCUGGAAGUGGAAUCAGACUGGGGAUAGGACCGUAGGAUAAUAAGGAUGUGAGGCCUUGACACCAGCCAUUACCCACUAUCAGGCCUGCUAGUGUUCUGUCCAGCCCUGUGGAGGUGGAUAAGGGGGAAGGGAAUGGGCCCAGCUUCACUGCAGGAGGAGACAGAGCAGGAGCAGGAGCCAGGGGGAGAAAUGGAGUGCUACCACAGCCUUUUGCAGGCUGGCUCUCAGCUAGAGAACACACUGCAGCAGGUAUCAGUCCCUAUGAGUAUGAAGGAGGUGGACGGCUACAUUGAGAAGCAGGUGGCCUACCUAUCAGGUGGGCGUGGUGAGGACUCCAGCGUGAUUAUCACCCUCCCAGAAUACUCUGCUUUCAGCGACAUUCCAGAGGAGUCUUUAGCCAAAGUCUUAACAUACCUCACCCUCAUACCUCGAGCACGACAACCAGGUGUAAAAUUCAUCAUCAUUUUAGACAGAAGACUGGAUACUUGGACCUCAAUCAAAACAGCACUUGCCAGAAUUGCGGCCUCCUUCCCUGGGAACCUCCACCUGGUGCUGGUGCUGAGACCCACCAGCUUCUUCCAGCGCACCGUCACAGACCUGGGCUUCCGCUUCAGCCAGGAGGACUUCAUGCUCAAGAUGCCAGUGGUGAUGCUGAGCUCUGUGACAGACCUACUGAGAUACAUUGAUGAGAAUCAAUUGACCUCAGAGUUUGGUGGAACCCUGGAUUACUGCCACAGUGACUGGAUCGUCCUGAGAACAGCCAUAGAGAGCUUUGCGGUGACAGUUAAGGACAUAGCUCAGAUGCUGCAGGCGUUUGGCACAGAGCUGGCAGAGCCAGAGCUGCCAGAUGAGGGCACCGCCAUCGUACACCUCCUCUCAAUCCACACUGACAAGUACAGGAAACUAAAGGAGGCGAUAUGGUCUGUAUCAAAGGAGGGUCGUCACCUGCUGGCUAGCCUGGAGGCCUCUGGGAGAGAGGAGGAUUCACUAUGGGAUAUCAGGCUGGACUGGGAGACUGUGCAGAGGCUACUAGCCCAGCUGAGGGACAUGGAGUCAGCCUUUGACGGCUUCUUUGAGAAGCAUCAUCUGAAGCUCCAACAGUACCUCCAGCUGCUCAGAUACGAACACAGCUUCCAGGAGAUGGAGUUGUCUCUGGAGCGUCUGGCGACCCAGGAGAGGGAGGUGUCGUUGUCAGGGGAGACGCUGACUCAGACAGAACAGACACUCAGGGACCUGGACAGCCUGGAGGCUCACGCACAGGAGGAGAUGGCCCGUGCCCAGACCAUCAUCCUCCACGGUCACCAGCUGGCAGCCUGUCACCACUACGCCAUGGCCCUGAUCGUGCAGCGCUGCAACGAGCUACGUCACCGCUGUGACACGCUCAGUAAGGCCCUGAGGGCCAAACACACACACCUCUCCCAGGCCCACCAGCUGCUGCUACGCUUGGAUCAGGCCCAGAGUUGGUGUGACGACGGGGCCUACUUGUUGGCCCAGCAGCUGGUGGAAAAGUUCCAGUCUAAGGAGGGGGCCCAGGCUGCUCUGAAGGACAUAGACAGAUUCCUGGAGGGGGCUCCGUCUCUCCUCAGCUCAGGACCUGACCUCCUGGCCGUGGAGUUUGAGUCUGUCCUCACCCCAGAGAUACAGGUCCAGAUAGGGAAGACAUUUGAGAAGCACACAGCGGUGCAGGAGAUGAUCCACAACAGACAGGUCUGUCUGAGGAAGCUGGCUGAUAAACACGUCCGUCCCAUUCAACUGGUGGCCCCCCGGCCAGAGAACCCACCCCGCUCCAAGUCCCCACUAUUCUCCCCCAAGCAUGGGGUCGACGGUUUGAAGUUCUCCUUCGAUCUGUCACUUCCUGGGAAGAGGACGUCACGGAAAAGCCCCGGCUCCAGAAAGAUCGAGGUGAUGCAUGACUACCAGGAGAAUAGGAGCUCCCUGCUCUCCAGCCUGGAGGGAGAGGACAGCCCAGACCUUCUCAAACGUCACGUGAUGAGGGAGCUAAUCGAGACGGAGAGAGUCUAUGUGGAGGAGCUGCUGUCAGUGCUGCUGGGAUACAGGGGAGAGAUGGAGAACCCAGGCCUUUCAGGGCUCCUGCCCCCCAUCCUUCAAAGUAAGAAAGACAUCCUGUUUGGAAACAUGCCUGAGAUCUACAACUUCCACAGCAGGGUGUUCCUGCAGGACCUGGAGGGCUGCCUGGAGACCCCAGAGGGAGUAGGGGCCUGCUUUCUGGAGCGGAAGGAGAAUUUCCAGGUGUAUGAGUGUUACUGUCAGAAUAAGUCUCGCUCAGAGUCCUUAUGGAGGCAGUUCUCAGACUGUGCCUUUUUCCAGGAGUGUCAGAAGAAGCUGGAGCACAAACUGGGCCUGGAUUCUUACCUGCUGAAACCAGUACAACGCCUUACCAAGUACCAGCUACUACUGAAGGAGCUACUGAAGUACAGUCCAGGAGGCUGUGAGGGGACCUCGGAGCUACAGGGAGCGCUAGCAGCCAUGCUGGACCUCCUCAAGUCAGUCAAUGACUCCAUGCAUCAGAUCGCCAUCACAGGCUACCAGGGAGAGUUGUCCGACCUGGGCCGGGUGCUGAUGCAGGGCUCCUUCAGUGUGUGGAUCAGCCAUAAGAAAGGCCCCACCCGUAUGAAGGAGCUGGCCCGCUUCAAGCCCAUGCAGAGACACCUGUUCCUGUACGAGAGAGCCCUGCUCUUCUGCAAGCGCAGGGAGGAGCAUGGAGAGGGUGCAGACAAGACCCCCUCCUACAGCUUCAAGCACUGUCUCAAGAUGAGUGCGGUGGGGAUUACAGAGAACGUCAAGGGAGAUGUGAAAAAGUUUGAGAUCUGGUACAGUGGCAGGGAGGAGGUGUACUUAGUUCAGGCCAACACAGUGGAGGUUAAGAUGGCUUGGCUCAAUGAUCUGCGAAGGAUCCUCACCAACCAGCAGAAACUCCUCAAAGAUGAGCAUUGUGUCAACAACCAGAUGCCAGACCACAUUCAACUGUCUCCGCCCUUGUCUGAGAGCAAACAGCAGAGGGCGUCGAUCAGCUCAGAGGACACUGAGUCAGGGAGGAGCAGUCCAGACCCCCAGUCCCACUCCCCUCAACACCGGCGCAACCGACGCAGCUGGCCCGGGGCGCCUCACUCAGUAGACAUCUGUGAGGGUCUGGAGGAGUGGGGUGGAGGUGAGGACCCCUCUCAGCCGUCAGACACCGAGGAGGAGGACGCUGCUCAGCUGGCUCCAGGCAGAUAUAAGGCAUUGGCUGAAUGUUCACGAUACGGCCCAGAUGACCUCACCAUCAAGAGCGGUGAUGUCAUCCAGCUGCAGCACGAGGACAGCGAAGGCCACUGGCUGGUGAAGAACCUGAGUCGCAGACAGGAGGGUAUCAUCCCAGUCCCCAACCUGCACAUGAUUCUGGGAAACAGCAGUAGAGGACAGUCCACCAGACUAGGAGAUCCAGGGAAUCUGAAGGCCAGAAAGCUCAGCUCCCCUUAGAGGAAAAAUGCUGUCUUCAAGUGCUCGCGGGAACUGGGAAAGUGGUUAGUCGGAACCUCGUAUUUCCCACUUUGGAGGAGCAUUGGAAGGCACACCUUUUUGUUGGACAUCUACAAAGAUUGACAGACUGAAAAGACAGACUGUUUUCCAUUAGACAUUGUGAGGUCAUGACUGAUGGAAUAUCUUAAACUCUGCUUCCUCAAAGUGCUCUGAUUGGCCACGAUUAGAGACAACUAGCCAAUUGAAGAAGGACACAGGAGUUUUAGAUCUGGAUUUUUGAUUGACAUUUUUCUGGGCCAGUAACAUGAGGACCUGUUUUUUUUGCCCUCCAUGAUGGACAGUGGACACACUUUAUGAAUGUUACCCUCCAAACACUUUAGACAGCACAGGGUUCUACCAGCACAAAGGCACACGGUUUGGUGAAGGACAAGGGACAUGUGAAAAGGUUUGGGACUUAAAAUUCAAUCCCCCACUUCCUCUUAGACCCAGCCAAUGGGCUGUUCUGUUGUGCUGCUGUAGCUGGAUUACAUCCAUGGACUCUAGCUCUCUGAGGGAUUGUUGACCGUCAUGGCUAAUCAGUGAGAAUGCAGUUGGUGUUUGUAUGUUUAUGUGUGUUCUUAUGCGUCAUAAUAAUCCGGGUUUUCGCCUGAAACAUUUCUUAAAAAGAGACUUUUGUACAUAGCUAUGUAAUUCAUUUUUGAUGUGUAUACUUGAAUGUUGGUCUAUUGUUUGUUGACGUUCAUUUAUUCUACAUGCUCGUGUUGUUUAGGUAUCCAUCCUGUCGUGUUCCUUAAGGCACCCUUAGCUCUCCAAGAGUUGAAAUGCCAAAACGUGCCGUGCCAUAAUGCCUUUUUAUUCCUGCAAUGUUGGAAUCGAGCUCCUCUUUGAUAAAUGUACUGUUUGCUCCGCAAUAUCAAACGCAGUCUUGCUUCUACCUCA